AUGCGUGCUUCUCAGGCUUCAUUCUCGGGCAUGCCUACGGGCAAGAAAUACAUGGGCUGGUGGGGCGACAUGGGCGGGCCAACCCAACGAGGCAUCGUCCAGUAUUCGGUAUCGCCGUUCCAGCAGAAUGCGAUGAAGGGUGCGCUGCACUCGUACAUCUUCUAUGGCUUCAAGCGCAUCAUGCAGCAGGCGCCCUACUUUGUGCUCCCCUUCGGCUUCGGUUAUGGCCUCAUCGCGUGGGCUAAGGGCAAGAACGCUUACUACAACUCGAAAGCUGGUCACCUCGAGCACGGUCACGACGAGUAA